CUACGAAUUAGCCUAAGUUAUUAAAGAUGGCGGCGGAGCGGAGUCGCUCCCCGAUGGACUCGCCGGUCCCGGCCUCUAUGUUCGCCCCCGAACCCAGCUCCCCGGGGGCGGCCAGGGCCGCGGCGGUUGCCGCCCGGCUCCACGGCGGCUUCGACUCGGACUGCAGCGAAGACGGAGAGGCGCUCAACGGCGAGCCGGAGCUGGACCUCACCAGCAAGCUGGUUCUAGUGAGCCCUACAUCAGAGCAGUAUGACAGCCUACUUCGGCAGAUGUGGGAGAGGAUGGACGAGGGAUGCGGAGAGACCAUAUAUGUCAUUGGGCAGGGAUCAGAUGGGACUGAGUAUGGGCUGAGUGAAGCUGAUAUGGAGGCCUCCUACGCUACAGUGAAGAGCAUGGCGGAACAGAUAGAGGCUGAUGUCAUCCUCCUGCGGGAACGUCAAGAAGCUGGGGGCCGUGUGCGUGAUUACCUGGUCCGGAAACGAGUAGGAGACAAUGACUUCCUGGAGGUCAGGGUAGCAGUAGUAGGCAACGUGGAUGCUGGCAAAAGCACGCUCCUGGGGGUCCUGACACAUGGGGAGCUGGACAAUGGCCGAGGCUUUGCCCGUCAGAAGCUCUUCCGCCACAAACACGAGAUUGAAUCUGGUCGCACCAGCAGCGUGGGCAACGACAUUCUGGGCUUUGACAGUGAAGGCAAUGUGGUGAACAAGCCGGACAGCCAUGGUGGCAGCCUGGAAUGGACAAAGAUUUGUGAGAAAUCCACUAAGGUGAUUACCUUCAUUGACUUGGCUGGCCAUGAAAAAUACCUGAAGACCACUGUCUUUGGCAUGACAGGUCAUUUGCCUGACUUCUGCAUGCUCAUGGUGGGCAGCAAUGCUGGCAUCGUGGGGAUGACUAAGGAACAUCUGGGCUUGGCAUUGGCACUCAAUGUGCCUGUCUUUGUGGUGGUCACCAAGAUUGACAUGUGUCCUGCCAACAUCCUGCAAGAAACCCUGAAGCUGUUACAGCGCUUGCUGAAGUCCCCAGGCUGCCGGAAGAUCCCUGUGUUGGUACAGAGCAAGGAUGAUGUGAUCGUUACGGCCUCCAACUUCAGCUCUGAGAGGAUGUGCCCGAUAUUCCAGAUCUCCAACGUUACAGGUGAGAACCUAGAUCUGCUGAAGAUGUUCCUCAACCUCCUCUCCCCCCGCACCAGCUACCGGGAGGAAGAGCCUGCUGAGUUUCAGAUUGACGACACCUACUCUGUCCCAGGUGUGGGGACAGUGGUGUCGGGGACAACACUGAGAGGCCUGAUCAAGCUGAAUGACACACUGCUGCUUGGCCCAGAUCCCCUGGGUAACUUCCUGUCUAUUGCUGUCAAAUCAAUCCACCGCAAGCGCAUGCCUGUCAAGGAGGUGCGGGGGGGCCAGACAGCCUCCUUUGCACUGAAGAAGAUCAAGCGCUCGUCCAUCCGCAAGGGCAUGGUGAUGGUUUCCCCACGCUUGAAUCCCCAAGCAUCCUGGGAGUUUGAGGCCGAGAUCCUUGUCCUCCACCACCCCACCACGAUUAGCCCACGCUACCAGGCCAUGGUGCACUGUGGGAGCAUCAGGCAGACGGCUACCAUUCUGAGCAUGGACAAGGACUGCCUGCGCACGGGGGACAAGGCCACUGUGCACUUCCGCUUCAUCAAGACCCCUGAGUACCUGCACAUAGACCAGCGGCUGGUGUUUCGAGAAGGCCGCACCAAGGCCGUGGGCACCAUCACCAAGCUCCUCCAGACCACCAACAACUCCCCGAUGAAUUCAAAGCCCCAGCAAAUUAAAAUGCAGUCAACAAAAAAGGGUCCCCUGACCAAACGAGAAGAAGGAGGCCCCUCUGGAGGGCCAGCAGUAGGGGCGCCCCCCACUGGAGAUGAAGCUUGCUCUCCAGGGGCUGUGCAGCCAGCUUUGUCCAGCAGUCUCCAGCCACAGCCCAAGCCCAGCAGCGGGGGCCGACGACGGGGGGGCCAGCGUCACAAAGUGAAGUCCCAGGGGGCCUGCGUGACUCCUGCCAGCGGCUGCUGAAUCUCCCUGGCCCACCCCCACCACCCAAGGGAUCCUUGUACUCUGGCCAUUGUUCUACCACGUGGGCCAGAGCAGCUCUGACCACCACCCGCCCUCCCCCAGGCCACAGCGGAGCCUCAUCAUUCCCCACCCUCCGCCCCCAUUUUCCAGGGGGGUUGUAAUUUAUAAGCUGAGGAAGGUGGCCAGAUUUCUGGAGGACUGACCAUCAUCCACCUUCUUCCCUGCCUUCUUCCUUACUCACAUUUUUUGUACAUCUGGGCCCUUAGUUUUUAUUCUUUUUAUUUUCUCUCUCUUUAGUGUGUGUGUGUGUAUGUGUGGGCGCGCGCGUGCGCGCGCGCGCGCGCGCGUGUGUGGGGGUGGUGCAGAAGUGUAGCUGGUCAGGGCCCUGGCAGUCUUUCUCCUUUUUUCCUCUGUGGCUGGCCACCAGCCUCCAGGAGCUGGCUGCCUGCCCAUCUGUCCAUCCGUCUGUGUGUCUGACAACCUUUAGGGGCUUUCAGGAGCUGAAGAGCACCCUCCUCCCCUGUGCUCAGCCUCCUCCCCUGUGCUCACUCCUCUGCACCCGGAGCCCUCCACAGAGCCGGACUCGGGGCUUAGGGGCUUCGUAAGUGCUGCUGCCAGAGCAGGGAGCCUUCCUUCUGCGACUGGGGGGCUUUUAGCAGAAUGGAGAGUGGUAGCCUCCUUUUCUCUCUCUCCUCCUUCUCCCCCCCCCGCUUAAGCCCCCAAACAGGUAAUGCCAAAAUCUCUUAAGCUGUAGCCUGUAGAUGUGUGGAGGGGAGUGGCACUUGGGUUGUAGGAACCUCCCUGCCCCUAACUCUGACCCUUGCCACUGACCCAAAGACAAAUGGUGGUUUUCCUUUCCCCUUGGAGACAAUCCUGUGUUUGCCUGGCCAGGCCAGGGCAACUCCCAUUGUGCUGAUUUUGAGCUGGGGGCUCUGGCCCUUGAACUUUCUAUGAAUCUUAUUGGGCCUUGGGGCACUAAUGACCUGGACUGGGAUUGGCUUGCUCUGGGUCCCGCUCACCAGCACUUCCUGUUGGUGGGGGUGUGAGGUGUUCCUCUGAGCCAGGCCAGGACUGGAACCCCUUCUUCCCCACUACAGCCCCACCAUGUUGCCCCAGCAUGGCUGCUACAGGAGCACAACAGGGAAGGGCCUGAGCCCCAGUUUUGGAAGCCCCAUUUGGGGUGUGGGGAGGGCAGGUAAGGGUAGUGAAAAAGAUUCUUCUAGGCCCAGCACAGAGCAUUAAUCCCUCUGGAAGAUUCACUGCCUGGGGUGGGGGUGGGGUCAGGGUCACUCAGGCCAGCGACGGCAGUGUGGGGCCCACACCAGCCUGGCCCGAGCUGUGGCCAGAAGCCCUGGGUUUAGGGUGGACUGGUGGGUGGAGAUGUGUUCUUUCUAGCCAGGGCAGACACCCAGCUGGCUGGGUCCUUCCUCAGCCUUGCCUCCCUCCCAUCCCCAACCGUCCUCCAUUCUUCCUGCUUCUGGACUGCUGGGCCCCUCACCUCCCCUCCUUCCAGCUAUUUCCAGUUACCACUGACCCAUGGCCAUGGACUGACCAGACCAGCACAAAAAAUAAAAGUUUGUUCCAAGUUGACAGUGUCCUGUUCCCUGCCCCGGCCCCCCAGGUGGAGGUGCCGCCACGGGGAGCGCUGGCUGUGCCUGCCCCCGAGCCCCCAGCUGCAGCGCAGGGCAGGGGCGGGAGGAGCCCAGCUUCUCUCGGACACGCGUGGCUUCAAAAUGCAGGCUCCUCUGGCAGAUGUGACACGGGACAAGUUGCCAGUCUUCCCUGAACCUAUUCCUCAUCUAGAGCGAGAGGUAAACAAAUGCCUGUGUCGUGGUGGUUGUGAGGCUUCAGCGAGAGAGCGUGUGGUGAGGCUCUGAUGUGCCAGCCUGUGGGAGGCGCCGCGGACUGGUCCCCCUGCUGCUGCCCGCCGCGCCGGCUCCCAGGUCCUCGGGGCAGUGGGCAGGCGUGCAGGGAGAAAGGGGGCGUUGACAUGUGUCUGUGCUGGAUGUCUCCCUCACUUAGGCGCUUUCAUUUUGAAGCUGUCAUCUAGGAGAGAGGUGGCGGUCCCUUUUUCUAGUUAAGGCAACUGAAGCUCGGAGGAACAGCGCCACCAUUGGGCACGUUCCUGCCCGCACCAGCCCUCAGCCCCAGCCGUCAGUAGGCGGCCGCUCUGCCCAGUGGCCUUAGGCCCCUGCCUGUCCUUUGUGUGCUAGUUCCUUUUUGGUUUUUGACUCUGGUCCUGCUUAUAGGGGCUGUUGCCCACUGGUACCUUCGCAAGAGGAAGGCUGCAGCAUUGAGCACCCCUCUGCUCUCUGUCCCCAUGGCAGGUGCUGUGGAGCCCGUGUUUCCACAGGACUUCACUAGGGUGGGACCUUGUUUGAACUCUUUUGCCACUAAGAGCAUAACCACUUUCUUUACGUUUGGAAGCUGUGGUCUCCACUCUGGCCUCUGCCCUCAGAUGCACAGGAGGUUGGUUUGGAUCUCAGUGGUCACCAGACCCACGCCUGCUAGCAGGGGCUGACUGAAUACAGUGUUUUACUGUCAUUAACAGGGACUCCACAGGUCCUCUACGGGUCUCAGCCCUACCGACUCUCACUUUGGAACAAAACACCAGCCCUUUUAUAGCUGAUAAAGAAUAAAGUUGUUAAUCAUCUCGAACGACCGAUCCUGACCUUUCUGUAUGCACAGCUAGCAUUUG